AUGGCAAAGCUGCACAACCCAACAGUAGGACUACUGCUGACCGUGCUGCUGCUACUGCAAGGUUCCAGAGGAGACUCUAUCCCUGUGUUCUCCAGUGCUGGAGGUGCUGCCACUCUGCCCUGUAAGAAUGGGAUCUCACAUGACUCAAGCUGCUCAACAACUACUUCAUCAAUUACAUGGAUCUACAGCGGGAGGGGAAAGGCUGCUGUUGAAAAAGUCCAGCUUGGGAAGAUCAUACCAGAGAACACACACAGAGCUGAGAGACUGAGUCUGCUCUCUAACUGUUCUCUCCACAUUACUGAUGUCACCACUGAGGAUGUUGGACUCUACAUCUGUCAGCAGUACCCAAAUGGAGGAUCUAGAUAUGGAUAUGAUGCUCCGGUUUAUCUCUCUGUUCUUUACAUUUCCUCAACAGUGAAUGAGAGAGAGGCUGGCAGUGAUGUGAACCUGCUCUGCACCCUGAAGAUCUAUGCAGAUCGAAGUGUACCUGAUCUCGUUCGUCUGAGCUGGGUGGGUGAGGGAGGGGAUGAGCUGCAGAACACCAGCAGCCUCCAGAUCAGGAGAGUGACUCCCUAUAUAAUCAGACUGAUUGAGAAGUUCAGAACUUCAAACCCCACUCACACUCAGAGCACAAGGAGAUGCCAGCUGACUGCAGGAGGGCACGUUCACGCUUCUGUCUCCCACACAGUCACAGUGCCAGUGAAACCAACUAGAACUCCAGUGGUGACAAGAGGACCUGCACCGCCACAACCAGCAACUCCACCACAACCUCCAUCAACUCCACCCAAAACAGCACUCACUCCUACUCCAACUACAGGUUCUCCAUCUGGCCUGGAGGCUGCCAUCAGACUCAGCAUCUUCUUCAUGGUGCUGAUUGUUCCUGGACUCAUUGGAACUGUUUAUUUAGUGAGGAGGAGGAAGCAGACAAGUAGAGAGGACCCUCCAGCCACGGAGCUCCAGGUGCGGAACUAA